ACCAAAUUUCAGAAGUUUGCCAAUGCCUUCUCUAUGUACAACUACUUUACACAAAGAACAGCACUGCACUAUUUCUGCAAGCUAUUUAAAGAGAGCCUUGAAGGGACUACAACUGGGAAGAGGAAAACAUGUCCCUUCAGUCCUGGAUUCUGACCUACUUUUGCCUGCUCACCUCUGGAACCGGAGAGUUCUUCAAAACAAAUUAUUCCAGAAGCUAUCCCUGUGAUGAGAAAAGGAAAAAUGGCCUUGUGGUUGCAGAAUGCAGUGAUCGUCGGCUACAAGAAGUUCCCCCAACUAUAGGCAAAUAUGUGACAGAAAUAGACCUGUCUCACAAUUCCAUCAUGAAUGUAACAAACGAGUCCUUUCAAGAACUGCAAAACCUCACUAAAAUAAAUCUGAACCACAAUGCCAAUCAACAGCACCCAAAUGAAAAUAAAAAUGGUAUGAAUAUUACAGAUGGGGCAUUCCUCAACCUAACAAAUCUAAAGAUGUUACUGCUUGAAGACAACCAAUUAUACACCAUGCCUGCUGGCUUGCCUGAGUCUUUGACAGAACUUAGCCUCAUUCAAAACAAUAUAGUUAUGGUAACUAAAAACAACACUUUGGGGCUUAGCAACUUGGAAAUACUCUAUUUGGGCUGGAACUGCUAUUUUUAUUGUAAUCAAAACUUUAGCGUGGAAGAUGGGGCCUUUGAAACCCUUACACACUUGAAGGUGCUCUCAUUAUCUUUCAACAGACUCAUCCACGUGCCUCCCAAAUUACCAAACUCCAUAAGAAAACUUUUUCUGAGCAAUGCCAAGAUCGUGAAUAUCACUGAGGAAGACUUCAAGGGACUGGAACAGUUAACAUUACUGGAUUUGAGUGGAAACUGUCCGAGGUGUUUCAAUGCCCCUUUUAAUUGCAUACCUUGCAAUGGAAAUGCUUCCAUCUACAUACAUCCUCUUGCUUUUCAAAGUCUCACCCAACUUCGCUAUCUAAACCUCUCCAGCACUUCCCUCCAAACAAUUCCUUCCACCUGGUUCAACAAUCUGACAAAUCUGAAGGAACUCCGACUUGAAUUUAACUAUUUACUGCAAGAAAUUGCCUCAGGAGAAUUUUUAACAAAACUACCCAAUUUACAAAUCCUUGACCUGUCUUUCAACUUUCAAUAUAAAAAAUAUUUACAAUCUAUUACUAUUUCCCCAAACUUCUCUAUGCUUCAGUCUCUCAAGACAUUGCACUUAAAGGGCUAUAUAUUCCGAGAACUUAAACAGGAACAUUUCAAACCCCUCCAGAGUCUUCCAAACUUAACGACUAUCAACUUGGGUAUUAACUUUAUCAUGAAAAUUGAUUUUAAAGUUUUCCAAGACUUUCCCAACCUGAAAGUUAUUUAUUUGUCAGAAAACCGUAUAUCACCCAGAGAAGAUAGUACAGAUGGCUCCUCUUUGCCAUAUCAUAUCCAUAAACGUCGCUCAAUGAUCACCGAGUUUGAUCCACACUCGACUUUUUAUCGUAGCACCAAACCUUUAAUAAAGCCACAGUGUACUACUUAUGGCAAAGCCUUGGAUUUAAGUUUGAACAAUAUUUUUGUUAUUGGGAAAAAACAAUUUGAAGGUUUUCAUGACAUUGCCUGCUUAAAUCUGUCCUUCAAUGCCAACACUCAAGUGUUGAAUGGCACAGAAUUCUCAGCCAUGCCCCACAUUAGAUAUUUGGAUUUAUCAAACAACAGACUAGACUUUGAUGAUAACAAGGCUUUCAAUGAACUUCGCAACCUAGAAGUGCUCGACCUGAGCCACAAUGCACACUAUUUCCGUAUAGCGGGGGUAACACACCGUCUAGGAUUUAUCCAGAACUUAAUAAAUCUCAAGGUGUUAAACCUGAGCUACAAUGGCAUUUACACUCUCACAGAUGACAGAGAGCUGAAAAGCAUGUCCCUGAAAGAAUUGGUUUUCAGCAGAAACCGCCUUGACCUUUUGUGGAAUGCAGAUGAUACAAGCUACUGGACCAUUUUUAGAAGUCUCUGGAAUCUGACACGCCUGGACUUAUCUUACAAUAACCUUCAACAAAUCCCAAAUGAAGCAUUCCUCAGCUUGCCCCAGAGCCUCAGAGAGUUACAUAUCAAUGGUAACAGGUUGCAUUUCUUUAAUUGGACAUCCCUCCAUCAUUUUCCUCAGCUCCAUUUGUUGGACUUACGAGAAAACAAGCUGUAUUUCCUAACCAAUUGCCUAUCUAAGUUUACACAAUCCCUGCAGACACUGCUGCUCAGCCACAAUAAGUUUGCUCAUCUGCCCUCUGGCUUCCUCUCUGAAGCCAGUAGUCUUGUGCACCUGGAUCUAAGUUUCAAUGUGAUAAGGAUGAUCAAUAAAUCCUCCCUGCAAACCAAGACUAAAACAAACUUGUCCGUUCUGGAACUAAGUGGGAACCAUUUUGACUGCACGUGCGACAUAAGUGAUUUUCGAAGCUGGAUAGAUGAAAAUGUGCAUAUCACAAUUCCUAGAUUAGUAGAUGUUAUUUGUACCAGUCCUGGGGAUCAAACAGGGAAGAGUAUCAUGAGUCUAGAGCUCAUGACUUGUCUUUCAGACACCACUGCAGCCAUCCUGUUUUCCCUCACAUUCCUUAUCACCUCCAUGGUUAUGUUGGCUGCCCUGGUUCAUCAUCUGUUUUACUGGGAUGUUUGGUUUAUCUAUCACAUCUGUUCAGCUAAGUUAAGAGGCUACAGGUCUUUGGAUACAUCCCGAACUUUCUAUGAUGCUUACAUUUCUUAUGACACCAAAGAUGUAUCUGUUACAGACUGGGUAAUCAAUGAGCUGCGCUACCACCUUGAAGAGAGUGAAGACAAAAAUGUCCUCCUUUGCUUAGAGGAGAGGGAUUGGGAUCCAGGAUUAGCCAUCAUUGAUAACCUCAUGCAAAGCAUAAACCAGAGCAAGAAAACAAUCUUUGUUUUAACCAAAAAAUAUGCCAAGAGCUGGAACUUUAAAACAGCUUUUUACUUGGCCUUGCAGAGGCUAAUGGAUGAGAACAUGGAUGUGAUUAUCUUCAUCCUCCUUGAGCCCGUGUUACAGUACUCACAGUAUCUGAGGCUGCGGCAGCGAAUCUGUAAGAGCUCCAUUCUCCAGUGGCCUGACAACCCCAAAGCAGAACACUUAUUUUGGCAAAGUCUGAAAAACGUGGUCUUGACUGAAAAUGAUUCACGGUAUAACAAUUUGUACAUUGAUUCCAUUAGACAAUACUAAUGCUAGGAAAUCAUGUCUCCAUGCCAUCGUAAAAAACACACAGCUUCUUGGCAAUGAACUGUGGUGAGUGCAGGACUCAUGGCUGCUCGAGGUGUCAUGAAAAAGUGGCAAUUGCAUACUCAGCCCUAAACUGGACUCUUUUCCCACCUCCUAUAAGGAUGAAGUAACUUUGUGGAAGAAGGGGCUGAAAGGGUAUAUGAGCUGGGAGACAUGGAGAAGGGCUGAAUAUGCUAUCUUCUGGGCAUGACACAGCCACCGCAAACAUGAUCGGAUAGCAAGUAUGGUUGCCUGAGGUGGGCCUGCACAAAAGCACUGAACAUGAGAGAGGAUCUUGUAAGGAAUUGGGUAGGUAGGUUGGCAGUGUUCGGGGAGAGAGAAGAAAAGGUGGGCAUGAGAGUAACGAAAAAGCAUGGGGCUCUCUAGGAAGCUUCAUUCUGAAAUCCACUUACAAGCUCACACCCAUGCAAUUGUCCUUAAGAUUCAGUUUCUCCUACAUGUUAGCCAAAGACUGCUGUCAGCUGCCUGCUCUGUGGACUUCUCUCCCAAGGCAGCUUGCUUCAUCAAUGUCAGCAAGAGUGGACACAGAAGUCUAUAACAAGAGUCAGUCUUUUGGAAGCUAAUCAGGUAAAUGCUAGCAUACCAGUGCAGCAGUAUUCUAGUUGAUAAAAAUCAACCAUAGAUUCUACCAGUUCCAGGGAACAAGUAACUUGGGUCCAGGGAAAGCUAUGGAAAAUCAGGAUAACAGACUUAAGAGCACAUGAGCUAAGAGAAAAUAGUUUGAUCAAGAUAAACGAUUGUCUGAGUCAGUCAUUAAUCAUUUCCUUGAACUAAAAUUCAGGGACAGCUUGCCAUCUUUAUCACAGAUCACCAAUACCAGAGAGUUAGAUUACAUGGUCAGUCUUAGAAGUCAGCCUAUCAUACCUACUUUUCAAGCCCUAAGAACAUUUACUACUAUACCUGACAUUAGGAUGCUGGUGAAAUUGAUGAUAUAGGCAUGGCUAUGGGGUUAGAUUACAUUGUGAUUACAUUAAUCAUUCUUUUACAAUUACUUUUUAAAAUAUAUUUUGAGAUUAUAAUAUAAUUACAUAAUUUCUUCUUCUUUUUCCUCCCUCCAAACCCUCUCACGUACUCCCCCUCUGACUUUUACAAACAUUGCCUAUAAUACUUACUUUUAAGGUUUUGAUGUGAUAGUUUUCAAAUUCCUUUUAUUUCUUAACCAUUUAAAAUGUAUCCAUUGAAAUGAAAAGACUUUGGAGUAUUUGUUAAUUAUCAUUGGCGUACAUCUUAAAAGGAAUGAAUA